GCCACCUCUUUGCAUUCCCUCGGCUUUCGUCAAACAAUGUCGACACUCUCCCAUAAUCCCCAUGAAAAUAUUCCCACUCUCGCUCUCUUCCUACAUAUUUCUGCAAUCCCACAGUGGCGCUACACGCAGGAUAAGACUUUUCCUACACCCUUUCUCUCUUUAUGAUCGCAGCUUCUGCUGCUUUUCUCUUUUUAAUAUUUGGAAUUUGUGUUUCCCCAUCAUAUUUCAACCUCCUUAUUUAUACUCCCCAUAUUCUCUUUCCAAAUUCCCAUGUUAUUCAUCGAGGAUCUUUGGGAAUUGCUUUACCUGGAUCAUUUCCAAUCACAAGCUCAAGCCUUUUCUGACGUUGUAGUUGAAGCAAUCUCUAAAUCAAUGUCAAAUUCUACCUGUGGAUCCUCCGAACUGGAAAUCUGCAGAGAUGACUCAUCAGCACUCAUUCUCAAACUCAUUGCAAUAGCUUCAAUUCUCUUUGGUGGCAUAAUUGGCAUUGCAAUACCGAUAAUCGGAAAGCACAGCCACUUCCUCAAGACCGAUGGUAGCCUCUUUGUGUCUGCAAAGGCUUUUGCAGCAGGCGUAAUUUUAGCCACCGGUUUUGUUCACAUGCUAUCAGCCGCGUCCGAGGCCCUUUCGGAUCCUUGCUUACCUGAAUACCCGUGGAAGAAGUUCCCAUUUUCAGGGUUUUUUGCUAUGACGGCUUCUCUGCUAACUCUGCUUCUUGAUUUUGUUGGGACCCAAUAUUAUGAGAGGAAGCAAGGUUUGAACAAGGCUAGUGAGGAGCAAGUUCGAGUCGGGUCGGUGGAUGCGAAUCCGGGUCAUGAAUCAGGUAUCAUGCCCAUUGUAGAAGUUAAAGAGUUGAAUGGGUCUAGUGGGAAGGUGUUUGGUGAAGAGGAGCAUGGUGGGAUGCACAUUGUGGGGAUGCAUGCGCACGCAGCACACCAUAGACAUAACCAUCCUCAAGGGCAGGAUGCCUGUGAUGGGCUUGUCAGCAGUCGUGACCAUGGGCAUGGGCAUGGGCAUGGGCAUGGGCAUGCGCAUGGAUCUGGGCACGAGCACGGUCAUGGGCAUGGAGAGAGUGAUGUCACUGAUGUGGAAAGUGGUUUGAGGCACGUUGUCGUUUCACAGAUAUUGGAACUUGGGAUUCUCUCACAUUCUGUGAUCAUUGGGUUAUCUCUAGGAGUUUCACAGAGUCCGUGUACCAUAAGGCCGUUGAUUGCGGCACUAUCAUUUCACCAGUUUUUUGAAGGAUUUGCGCUUGGAGGCUGCAUAUCCCAGGCACAAUUUAAGACACUGUCGACUACAAUAAUGGCAUGCUUUUUUGCCAUAACAACCCCUGCAGGAAUCGGCAUUGGGACAGCCAUUUCUUCGUUUUACAAUCCGAACAGCCCAAGAGCAUUAGCCGCUGAAGGCAUCUUAGAUUCUCUGUCGGCCGGGAUUCUUGUUUACAUGGCUUUAGUGGACCUAAUUGCUGCUGAUUUUCUUAGCAAGAGGAUGAGCUGCAAUUUUAGACUUCAAGUGGUGUCUUAUUGCAUGCUUUUCCUCGGGGCUGGAUUGAUGUCUUCACUUGCAGUCUGGGCUUGAGUUUAUUGGUUUUAGAUGAACUGUUUAGUUUCUCUCGUUUUGGCCCUUUCUGGGUGUUCACUUCAGAGCAGAAUUUGCAAAAAUUCGUCCAUCGAUUUUUUUAUUGCUUUUAGGAAAAAUACAAGAAGAUAUAGGGAGAAAAGAACCAGAAGCUAUAGCCUUUGUUUUUCAGAUUCAUGAAAUCACAUGUAUGUACGACAAUGGAGGGAAAAAAAAGAAGAUCAAGCGGCGAUUCCACCAGCUGUUGGUGGACAAAUUCAUGCAUAACCAAAGCUGGCGUCUGUCUUGUAACGUGUUCUUUUAUACGCACUUUCUGAGCUGAAAGCAGUACAUAGCAAGAUUAUCCCUGGCUUUUGUUGUCAAA